CCAAUAUAGGAAAAUUUAAGUUGAUAGUUGAUAGUGGAUUUUUUCGAUUACCUCUUUUGAUUGCCUUCCUAGAAAUAGCUUCCUGAAUAAUUAACCACAAACAUAACAAUGUUAAGCAGAACUUCAUUAGAGGAGAAUGACUCACAUGGUGUCGGGUCUUCAGCAAGUUUUCGACAAGGAAUGGAUAGUUUACUCGAAGACUCAUCUCAAACGCAGUCUAGAGGGGAGACUGAAGAUGAAUUUGACACUAAUAAAUAUAAUCAGAAAAAUGCUGAAACAACUGCAAAGAGUGAAAAGUCAGAUAUAAAUCUAAAAACCUCUACACAAUCUCUGAAGAAGCUUGGCUCAAAAUUGGGUACAUCUAUGUCAGAUGACUUUGAUAUGGAAAUGUAUAAAACUGCCAGAGGUAAUCUAACCUCCAGACAGAAGAAGACAUCCGUAAUUGGGAAUUACCCUGAUAGUAAACAGUCUACUAAGACAGAUAAUAUGGUGAAGGCAAGUUAUAGACUUACAGAAGACGUUUUAGAUCCUGACAAAAGUGGGGAACCUUGGGUAAAUACUUCACGAGAACAUAAAUCUGUUAGUGUUGUCUGCUCAACGCACGAUGACGCACCUGUUAUCAUGCACUGCAAGACAUGCGAUCGUCUUGUUUGUGAUGAAUGUAUCACAUCAACCCACAAACCACACGACCUCGUAGAAAUUCGGAAACAAGGCCUGCAAGAUAAACUAAUUUUAACAGAAAAACUUCCUGACGUAAGAACACGCGCUAUCCCGUCACUGAAAAAGAACGUAGAUGCAUUAGGUCAUGCAAAAGCAAAAUGCACGGAGGAAUUUGAUAGCAUGAUUGAUCAAAUCAAACAUAGGUCAUCCGUUUUGAUAAUGGCUAUUGAAACGGCAAGGGAUCGUUUGAUUGACAGAUGCUCUUCCGACAAAGAUGCUAGCCAUGCAUUUCUUAACAAGCUAGAGGAUAAACUUUCAACAGGCUUAGUGAGUAUUGAAGCCUCGGCUAAUUCUUCCGAUGAGUCACUCUUAAUGGACAGAGAUCCUCCGAUCGUACACGAAAGAAUUAAACUUCAAUGGCUUCUUGACAAAUAUCGAAGGAGCCAUCCUCAAAUAACCUAUCCAAAAUUUCAAAACGGAACUGCACCAAGAGAGGAGGCUACUCUUGAAAAAAUGAUAGGGUAUUUUGAUGGUAUGUUGAAAUGCGAAGCAAAAGAUCAACUACACAAGAUUAUGCUAAACGUAACACCACUCGGAUCACUGAAACCAAUGUAUGUAAAAACAGUCUCAUACAUGCACAAAGUAAGAAGCGCAUGUGCGGCAGGUGACGAUAAAAUCUGUAUUAUUCCUGUAAUUCCCACGACAUCAUUAGACAUCAUGACAUCGGAUGGUGUAUCAGUAUUGACUCAAGUUCCCCAUACACGCAUAUAUGAUAUCACGAGAACAAUGGAUAGCCAUUUUUUAGUUUCGGAUCCUCGUAGUAGAAAAAUCAUGAGAAUAACAGAGCACGGAGUCGUUGUCAAAUGGACAAAUGUAAAUGGUAUACCAAGAGGUCUGCACGCUUGCAAAAAUGGAGAUAUUCUUGUUUGCAUUGUCGAUAGCGUAGCAUUUUCACACUUCCGUCAUUCAAAGCGCUAUAUCAUUCGAAUGAACGAGAAUUUCAAAAUUAUAGAGACCUAUGGCCAAAAAGAACAUAUAUUUAACAUACCAGACCGUAUAUUCGAAAACAUCAAUGGUGAUAUCUGCAUCAUUGAUAGAACUGGUGGUUUGGAUAGCAGGCUUGUUGUUAUGGAUUGCCAUGGCGGUGUACGUUUUGAGUAUCCCGGUGAAGGAAGUUUUGAUGGGUCGUAUGGAGAUGGAUAUAUACCAGUGAAGCGACAAGCUUUCAGUGAUGUCUGCUGUGAUGGUUAUGCCAACAUUUACCUUUCAGAUGAAAGAAACAAUGAAAUCAUUGUUCUAGAUCCCGAUGGAGCGGAGCAAAAAGGCGUUGGCGAGAUCUUCACGAAGAAAAGGGAUAAGGCUGAAACGAACAUGGUUGCACCACACAGAAUAGUGAUAGACACAAAUGGAAGACUGUGGGUCAUUCAAAGACGAAAAAUCACACUAUUUGCAUUGUACAAUUAUUAGAACUAAUUUGUAAAGUUCAAAUGAAUAUUUAUAGC